GUUAUCCAUGCGGUUAGAGGGACUCAAGUUUGCUUGAGCGCUUACAAUACAAGUGCCAUAAAUUUACCUUUUCCCAACAACAAUAUGUGCAGAAGUUCAUAUAAACUGGAGUGAGAAGACAAUUCUCGGGGAAUAAAAUGUGGACUUUGUGGUGAUUUCUCAUUGAUGUUUGUUCUUUCAGAGUUUAGAGAAAACUCUUGGAGUUGGAACAACCUGUUGAUUGUUGGUAACACAACUGGAUGGGAACAAUGAUCUCGCCGACGACAACCAAGAAGUGUCACGAGUGUGAGGUGACACGGUUUUCUCAGCCAGCUGGGUCGGGGCCGAUGAGACCAUGUCUGAGUUGCUCGGUGUCUGUAGACAUGGAGGAGGGUUACCGUGAUAAUUUGGCGCUACCUUGGUCCCAGAGUUUCAGUGGCCCAACCAAGACCAAGAACAAGCCGGAAUGCCUGAUGCGCCAAAAGUCCCUCCAGAAAAUCAUCCACCAGGUGAACAUGUUUAAGAAAAGGAAACUGAAGCGGCUUGUGGACAAACACGGCACCUGUAAUGUUGUGCAGAACACUAAGGCGUCUUACACCAUUAAUUUCAUCAACGACCUGUUCACGACCAUCGUUGACUUACGAUGGCGGAUGUUGCUCCUGUUUUUCAGUCUGGCUUAUCUUGUCGGCUGGGCGGGAUUCAGCGGUCUUUGGUACUGUCUAGCCUGGUUGCAUGGCGACUUAGGAUAUCUCAGCCACGAUGACGUGGAGUUCGUGCCUUGCGUGGCCAACGUGGACAGCUAUGUUGGCGCAUUCUUGUUUUCCAUUGAGACGCAGACGACCAUUGGUUACGGUUACCGUUCCGUCACCGAGGAAUGCUGGCUGGGACCUACCUUGGUCGUCAUCCAGUCAGUUUUCAGUGCGUUGGUCGACGCCAUCCUCGUCGGUUGCAUAUUCGUCAAAAUCGCCCGUCCUAAAAAGCGCGCAGCUACCAUCAAGUUCAGCCACAAUGCUGUGAUCGCCAAGAGAGACGGCAAACUCUGCCUCAUGUUCCGCGUCGCCGAUAUACGGAACAGUCACCUCUUUGGCACGGUGAUUCGUGCCAAACUGGUUCGACCGCGCAUCACCCAGGAGGAGGAAUGCAUCCCUCUUCAGAGUUAUCCCAUAGACGUUGGCGCGUCAACAGGCGAGGAUAACCUCCUUCUAGUCUGGCCUCUCAUCAUUUGUCACGUCAUAGACGAAAAGAGCCCCAUGUACAAGUACUCUUACUACGACCUGUUGGAGAACUCGUUUGAAAUCGUCAUCUGUCUUGAGGGCAUCGUGGAGCAGACUGGGCUACUCACUCAGGUGCGAAGCUCCUACCUCCCGUCAGAGAUCAAGUGGGGCCAUCGAUUCAGCAGCCACGUUGUGUCCAUGGCGGACACAGAUGACAAGCUUAGCGUGGACUACUCGAAGUUCAACGCCACCUAUCCCGUGAGCGACACACCAAAAUGCAGUGCGUAUGAGCUUGACGUAAUGAAGAAAACUGGGAAGUCCUUUCAGCCAAUGAUGGCGAACGGAAAUGCCGGUGGGAGGCAGAGGAGGAACGACAAAGGUAACACCGGAGUAUCCGAGGAAAGAGGGUUUUACCAAGAGCCAUCUGAUGAUGAUGAAGAAGGGGAGAAAUACACAGACAAGGAGGAGGAACAUUCACCGAUGCACAAUGAAGAAACGAUGAGAUUUGUGUAUGUCAAUGAAAUAGCAUCACCUAUUACUACACCAACGAUAGCAGGAGUGAAUAGCUGGGACUUCAUGGAAUCUAAUAUCUGAUGUGGUUUCCAUGGUAAAUAUUCUCUACGCAAAUAUAUGCUUGUAUUUUUAGGGGGGGGGGGCUGUACAUAAAUCCUUGUCUAUUUGGUCUGCAUAUAUCAUUUAAUCCACAGAGAAUCUAUGCAACUUUGACCCUUUUCAUCCAAUUGGAGACAGGGUCC